AUGAAUGACAUGAAGAGAGCUAAGCCCUGUUGUGCGAGGAUAGGGGUGAUCCGGGAAUCAACCUGCCCUAAACACGAUGGUUUCAUAAUCCCCACGCCCCGAUUCCUGGUUCGACCAGGAUGCUGUGGUUUACAUAGCCAUGCAAUCCCCCUUUGCCCGGCAAUCUCAGGUGCUACGAUGCAACAAGUAGGCAUAGAGUCCUGGUGCCGCAAGGCGAUCAGCCAGAUGAGGAAACCUACGCAUACGAGCCUUGGGACCGCUUGGCACAGGUAGCCUGUUACAGGCUUGUUUGAAAAUCAAAUACACCAGGCCAUCCACCCACGAACGACGUGUUUCUCGUCGACAAGAAGCAGGACAUCGUUAUUCGAAACUUGUUCAUAUAGAGAUUGGGCGAGGAUCGUUACAUGCCAAUAAAACACUUUCUUUGCCGCC